AUGGCUUCCCUUAGGCAGCUCACCCUCGUGAGCCUUUUGGCUCUCCUCUGUCUCGUUCCUUCCCUGAAUCCUGCCUUCGCUGAGGAGAAGGCAGACAGCGAAGAAAAAGGUAAGGUGAAGGACGUCGUAAUCGGAAUCGAUCUAGGUACGACGUACUCCUGCGUCGGUGUGUACCGCCACGGCCGCGUCGAUAUCAUCCCCAACGACCAGGGCAACCGCAUCACCCCGUCGUACGUCGCCUUCACGGACGACGACCGGAAGAUUGGUGAGGCGGCGAAGAACGAGGCGACGAUUAACCCGACCAACACGCUCUUCGAUGUGAAGCGUCUCAUCGGUCGCCGGUUCAGCGAGAAGGAAGUCCAGAGAGACAAGGAGCUGCUUCCCUACGAAAUCAUCAACAAGGAUGGUAAGCCGUACAUCCGCGUCAUGGUCAAAGGCCAGCCCAAGAUCCUCGCACCUGAGGAGGUCUCCGCCAUGGUGCUCACCAAGAUGAAGGAAACGGCUGAGAACUUCCUUGGCAAGGAGGUGAAGAACGCUGUCGUCACCGUCCCUGCAUAUUUCAACGACGCGCAGCGUCAGGCCACCAAGGAUGCCGGCGCGAUCGCUGGUCUCAAUGUCAUUCGCAUCAUCAACGAGCCGACCGCUGCAGCCAUUGCGUACGGUCUGGACAAGAAGAACGAGAAGACUGUCCUCGUCUACGAUUUGGGUGGGGGUACCUUCGAUGUCUCCGUGCUUGUCAUUGACAACGGCGUCUUCGAAGUCUUGGCGACCUCUGGCGACACGCAUUUGGGAGGCGAGGACUUUGACCAGCGCGUUAUGGAUCACUUCAUCAAGGUGGUGAAGAAGAAGUAUGACAAGGACCUCCGCUCCGACAAGCGCGGCCUGCAGAAGCUGCGCCGAGAAGUCGAGCGCGCGAAGCGUGCGCUGUCUUCCCAGCACCAGGCGAAGGUUGAAGUUGAGAACCUGAUGGAGGGCGUCGACUUCUCUGAGACGCUCACCCGCGCCAAGUUUGAGGAGCUGAACUCGGAUCUCUUCCAGAAGACUCUGAAACCCGUCAAGCAGGUCCUCGAGGACGCUGAUCUGCAGAAGAGCCAGAUCGACGAGAUCGUCCUGGUCGGUGGCUCGACGCGUAUCCCGAAGAUUCAGCAGCUCAUCAAGGAUUUCUUCAACGGCAAGGAGCCGAACCGCGGCAUCAACCCGGACGAGGCCGUCGCGUACGGUGCCGCCGUGCAGGCCGGUAUCCUUUCUGGCGAGGGCGCACAGGACAUGGUUCUCCUCGACGUCACUCCUCUCACGCUCGGUAUCGAGACCGCCGGCGGUGUCAUGGCCAAAGUCAUCAACAAAAACACCGUCAUCCCCACCAAGAAGACGCAGACCUUCUCGACCUACUCGGACAACCAGUCCGCUGUGCUCAUCCAGGUCUACGAGGGUGAGCGCCCGAUGACGAAGAACAACCACUUGCUGGGCAAGUUCGAGCUGACUGGCAUCCCCGCGGCGCCGCGCGGCGUCCCCCAGAUCGAGGUCACCUUCGACGUCGACCGCAACGGUAUCCUGAACGUGUCUGCCGUCGACAAGGGCACUGGUAAGAGCGAGAAGAUCACCAUCACUAACGAUAAGGGCCGUCUGACUCCCGAGGAGAUCGAGCGCAUGAUUGCGGAGGCCGAGAAGUUCGCCGAGGAGGACAAGAAGACCAAGGAGAAGGUCGAUGCCCGCAACGCGCUCGAGGGCUACUUGCAUUCGAUGAAGACCACCGUGGAAGACAAGGACAAGUUGGCGGACAAGAUCGAGGAGGACGACAAGAAGACCAUCCUCGACAAGGUCAACGAGGCCCAGGAGUGGCUCACCACCAACCCCGAUGCUGAGGCGGAGGAGAUGCGUGACAAGCUGAAGGACGUCGAAGCUGUGUGCAACCCUAUCAUCUCCAAGGUGUACGGCCAAACCGGAGGGCCUGGCGCGGGUGGCGCUGCCGGCGGUGCUGAUGAUGACGACUACGGUGGCCAUGAUGAGCUCUAA